CACGAAUUAUAUACAAUUCGCCAUUCAAGAUUGGUAAUUGCCUUAGGGACGAUAUGGCAGGCAACAAUGGGCUUCUAUCUGGGGGCAAUGUCGAUUUUUGCACAUUGGGCAUGUUCAUCCUCGACGAUAUCGACUUCGAAGGAGCAAAACCGCCAGUGAAAAAUGUUCUCGGGGGUGCUGCAACAUAUGCAGUCAUUGGCGCGCGUCUCGUGGCUGGGAAAGAGCAUGCGCGAUCCGUGAGCUGGAUUGUUGAUGUUGGAUCCGAUUUCCCUGCCGAGGUCCUGAGCGUUCUCAGAUCCUGGGAUACCAACUGUAUCAUAAGAGAAGAUCAUGGACGACUAACCACGCGGGCCUGGAAUGGCUACGGGCCGAACGAAAAGAGAGAUUUCAAGUACUUGACCCCUAAAUUGCGGUUGGAGCCCUCGAUGCUUUCAGAUGCGCAAGUCUUGUCGAAAACGUUUCACAUGGUCUGCUCUUCGUCACGCUGUAUAUCUAUCGUGCAGGAUAUCUUGCGACGACGGGAAGAGCUACAACUUGAGGGCAAAGUGCCCUUGCCUAUGUCUGCCACGAAGCGACCGGUUUUUGUCUGGGAACCUGUUCCUGACCUUUGCUCGCCAGAAGAGCAGGAGACAUUCUUGGCUGCGAACAAAGUCGUAGAUGUCGUGAGCCCUAAUGAGCUAGAGCUUGGGAUGAUGUUCGGUCAGCCCGGUUGGAGCGAGGAGACAGACUAUGGAAAAGCUAUAGUUGAUAAGAUCCUUUCCAAUGGCAUUGGGCCCGAUGGGAACGGGCACCUGGUGAUUAGAGCUGGCAAAGAUGGCAGCUAUUCGUUCUCUCGGAAGCAGAGAAUCUGGCUACCCGCGUAUCAUCAGCCCGACCCAUCGAUACCGUCACCCGUGGUCGAUCCCACUGGGGCCGGAAAUUCCUUCCUUGGAGCAUUGACUCAAGGCAUGAUCAGCUCGGGUAGGACUCCAACUAAUAUCGGUGCAUCGGUGCUCGCGGAAUCAGCAGCCUGGCAGAAAGCAAUGGCAGCUGGCGGCAACCAUAACCUCAUCCUACCCGCUCUGGUAUUCGCUACUGUGGCAGCCAGUUUUGUGGUGGAACAGAUUGGGGUACCGCACAUUUCUACAUCUACCGACGGAAGAGAGCUUUGGAACGAGACUGAGUUCACGGAACGGGUCCGUCUGUACACACAGCGCUUGUAUCGAACACUUGAAGAGUCUCCUCAGAAGCACUUGCAGAUCAACUGACCGGUUGAAGAACGCCCUUCUAUUGUCGUACAGCCCUCAAAAAUGAUGAAACAAAAACCUAUCAUGCCACAGGAUUCCUUCGCAAUUGCAUUUUAUCCCACUCGUCUCUUAUUCCCCGUCAACCAUCAUUAUGAGUCCUGCUUCGAGGCUUGUUGUCUUCUUUCGUGUUCAAUGAUUUCCCUGCUCCAG